AUGGGCAGCACUCAUUCCGCUGUAAAAGUGAAGAGCGUAGAGGACUCGACCAGCCCGGCAAGUCCUGGUAUUUUCUGCACUCCCCUUCCCGGUUUCAUAAACAAAAUCCAGGGAAUCCUGCUCCGCAAAUUGAGCAUUUCGGCCAGGAAGCAAAAGCGACUGAGCAAGCGAUCCAAGCAAAUCCUACGGCCCAUGCCCCGCUGCUCGUCCUUCGGAUCCUGCGGCACCCUGCUGACGCCCACCAAGAAGUCCGGAUCCACUCUAGCCGAUCGCCGAUAUGCCCAGUGGAAGUGCAGUUUCGAGCACUUGGCCCAAAAGCAGCAGCGACUCCACGACAUCAGUGAGGCAUUCACUGGACAGACCACGCCCCGCGGCUUCCCCUCCCACACGGAUCCCAAGCGAUGCCUGCUUCCCGAGGAGUCCGCUCUGCCGGAGUCGCCACUCUACGACAUGGUCGGUGGCCAGAAGAUCCGUCGCCGUCUGAGCCUGCGCAGCCACGCCCCCGUGCGACGCCCAUCCGCCCGCCAGAAGGCCGACCUGGCCAAGGUCGAUGCCCAGUUCCAGCGAGAUCUUCGCGAUCUGGAGGAGUACUACGGCGGCUUUCACUUUGCCCAGCGCCGCGAACGACUGGUGAAGAUCUAG